GAGCCGGGAGCGGCGCGCGGGCGGCCCGAGCCUUGGAGGCGGCGGCGGCGGCGGCGACAGCGGCGGCGACGCUGACACCUCCCACCAUGGACAGCUUCGACUUAGCCCUUCUCCAGGAAUGGGACCUCGAGUCGCUGUGGGGUGAAGACAUCUUAAACCAGCGGAAUGAUUCUCUAGUUGUGGAGUUUCAGUCGUCAGCCAGCAGAUGCAGGAGUGUCUAUGAGCCAGAUAGGAAUACAUUACGGAGGAAAGAACGAGAGAGAAGAAACCAGGAAACUCAACAGGAUGGUGGCACAUUCAACUCCAGCUACUCCCUCUUCAGUGAGCCCUACAAGACUAACAAGGGGGAUGAGCUCUCCAACCGGAUCCAGAAUACUUUAGGCAAUUAUGAUGAAAUGAAAGACUUUUUAACUGAUAGAUCCAAUCAGAGUCAUCUUGUUGGCGUCCCCAAACCAGGGGUUCCUCAGACUCCUGUGAACAAGAUCGAUGAACAUUUUGUUGCAGAUUCAAGAGCCCAGCCCCAGCCCCCAUCUGUCUGUAGCACUGCAUCCUCCACACCAGCAGCUGGCCCCGGGCAGCAGAAUAAGAGAGGCACCGUGGGCUGGCAGAAGGCUGGGCACCCACCGUCUGAUGGCCAGCAGAGAACAGCACAACAGGGCUCUCUCAGGACCUUGCUUGGAGAUGGUGUUGGCAGACAGCAGCCACGGACCAAACAAGUGUGCAACAUGGAGGUGGGGCUUCCAACCCAGGAAAGGCCACCUGCAAUGGCAGCCAAACACAGCAGUGCUGGACACUGCGUUCAGAACUUUCCUCCUUCCCUGGCUUCAAAACCCAGCCUGGUCCAGCAGAAACCAACCGCAUAUGUGCGACCAAUGGAUGGCCAGGAUCAAGCUCCUGAUGAGUCUCCCAAGCUGAAGUCAUCCACAGAAGCUGGUGUACACUGUGCGUCCUACAGGGGAGUCCCAGCCAACAAGCCAGAGUCGGCCAGGGCCAAGGCCAAGCUUUCCAAGUUCAGCAUCCCUAAGCAAGGAGAGGAGAGUAGAUCUGGAGAAAGCAACAGCUGUGUGGAAGAAAUAAUCAGGGAGAUGACCUGGCUUCCACCACUUUCUGCUAUUCAAGCACCUGGCAAAGUAGAAUCAAGCAAAUUUGCAUUUCCCAAUAAGGACUCUCCGCUGGUACCCUCUGGACACAAUAACCCAAAGAAAGGUGAUGCUGAGCCAGAGAGUCCAGACAAUGGCGCAUCGAAUACAUCAAUGCUAGAAGAUGACCUUAAGCUAAGUAGCGAUGAGGACGAGAGUGAACAGCAGGCUGCCCAGAGAACAGCUCUCCGAACACUAUCUGACAGCACCGCGGUCCAGCAGACCAACUGCAGGGGCUCCGUGCCGUCCAGCAAGGGCAGCAGCAGCGGCAGUAGCAGCAGCAGUGGCAGCUCUUCCAGCGACUCGGAGAGCAGCUCGGGAUCGGACUCAGAGACUGAGAGCAGCUCCAGCGAGAGCGAGGGCAGCAAGCCACCCCACUACUCCAGCCCUGAGGUUGAACCAGCAUCCUCCAACAAGUGGCAGCUGGAUAAAUGGCUCAACAAAGUCAACCCCCACAAGCCGCCCCUGCUGACCCAGAGUGACGGGCCUGGGCCCGAGGGCUCACAGUACUACCCGGCGGCGGGGAAGGAGGACGCGCAGGACUGCGGGAAGCUGCCAGACGCGGGCCUGGCCGUGCUGCGGGACAAGGACGUCAAGGGCGUCUGCAAGGAGGAGCAGAGGCCGCGGACAGCCAACAAGGCCCCGGGCAGCAAGGCAGCCAAGCAGAAGUCGCCUCCUGCCGCCGUGGCCCCUGCCGCGCCCCCGCCGCCCGCGCCACCGGGGGUCCCCACCGAGAGCGCGCCCGCGCCCACGCGCAGGUCCGGGGCCAAGAAGCCCACGCGGCGCGCGGAACGGAGCGCGGCCGCCGACGCCGCUAUCGCCACAGCCGCCGCCACUGCCACCGCGUGCCACCGGCCAGAGGACGCCGCUGCCGACACGCUAGGGCCUAGCGCUACCGCCCCCGAGCCCCCCAAGGCCAGGCCCUGCGGCGCAGGCAGGACGAGCCACCGCAAAGAGCUGCGCGCCGCCCCCUGCGACAAGCGGCGCACGCGGGGGAUCGGCAGGACCGUGCCCAAGUCCAAGGAGUUCAUCGAGACCGAGUCGUCCUCGUCCUCGUCCUCUUCCUCUGAGUCGGACCUGGAGUCAGAGCAGGAGGAGUACCCGCUGUCCAAGGCACAGGUGACCACGGGCUCCGCCACCUCCGCCGGUGGCGACCAGAGGCUGAAGGAGGCCAGCGGCGUCCCCGGGGGCACAGGCCCGCGGGCCCCCGUGGGCUCUAUCAACGCCAGGACCACCAGCGACAUCGCCAAGGAGCUGGAGGAGCAGUUCUACACGCUGGUCCCCUUUGGCCGCAACGAACUCCUCUCCCCGCUGAAGGACAGUGACGAGAUCAGGUCCCUCUGGGUCAAAAUCGACCUGACUCUCCUGUCUAGGAUCCCGGAGCACCUGCCCCAGGAGCCCGGGGUCCUGAGUGCUCCAGCUGCCAAGGACCCUGAGGUGGCAGCGCCCGGCCACGCGCUGGACACGACCCCCGAAAAGGCGCUGCCGAAGUCCAAGAGGAAACGCAAGUGCGACAACGAAGACGAUGACCGGGAGAUGAAGAAGGCCCAGGGAGAGAAAGAAAGCUCUUCACGACUGGCUGCCUCUGCCAAUAAUACCUCGUCUGCAAACCACUGCAACGUGAACAUCAACAGCUUGGCAAUACCAAUAAAUAAAAAUGAAAAAAUGCUCCGGUCACCCAUCUCUCCCCUCUCCGAUGCGUCUAAACACAAAUAUUCCACUGAGGACUUAACCUCUUCCAGCCGACCUCAUGGCAAUGGUGUGUUCACUUCCUCUUCUUCCAACAAAAAGCCCAAGGCCGACAGCCAGCUGCAGUCGCAUGCCGGAGACCUCACGAAAACAGCUCACAGCUCCGAAAAUGGUGUCCUCCACAAUAAGGCACGGUCACAGACAGAGCCCUGGUCUCCAGGCUCCAAUGGCCACAGGGACUGCAAGAGACAGAAACUGGUCUUCGAUGAUAUGCCUCGCAGUGCAGAUUAUUUUAUGCAGGAAGCUAAACGAAUGAAGCAUAAAGCAGAUGCAAUGGUGGAGAAGUUUGGAAAAGCUUUGAACUAUGCCGAGGCAGCCUUGUCAUUUAUUGAGUGUGGGAAUGCGAUGGAACAAGGCCCGAUGGAGUCCAAAUCUCCAUACACCAUGUACUCAGAAACAGUGGAGCUCAUCAGGUAUGCUAUGAGACUAAAAACCCACUCAGGCCCCAAUGCCACACCAGAGGACAAACAGCUAGCUGCAUUAUGUUACCGAUGCCUGGCUCUCCUGUACUGGCGGAUGUUCCGACUGAAAAGGGAUCACGCUGUAAAGUACUCAAAGGCACUCAUCGACUAUUUCAAGAAUACAUCCAAGGCUGCCCAGGCCCCGUCUCCUUGGGGAACCAGCGGAAAGAGCACUGGAACCCCAUCCCCCAUGUCUCCCAACCCCUCUCCCACCAGCUCCGUGGGGUCUCAGGGCAGCCUCUCCGGUGCCAAUGCUCUGUCCCCAUCGACCAUCGUCAGCAUCCCACAGCGCAUCCACCAGAUGGCGGCCAACCAUGUCAGCAUCACCAACAGCAUCCUCCACAGUUACGACUACUGGGAGAUGGCCGACAACCUAGCCAAGGAAAACAGAGAAUUCUUCAACGACUUGGAUUUGCUCAUGGGGCCCGUCACCCUGCACAGCAGCAUGGAGCACCUAGUCCAGUACUCCCAGCAGGGUCUGCACUGGCUGCGGAACAGCACUCACCUGUCAUAGGAACCUCACCCUGAGCCAGCUCGUGCUCUGAUCUCCACGGACCGCUCCAAGUUUCUGGACACUGUGCUACUGAAAUUCCCAGCCACAGCAUUUAUCAGACCGCGGUGAACCUUUCCUCGGCAUCAGACAAUGACCUUUUCCCAGGACAUGUGUGUUCGCGUGUGUGGGUGUAUACCAAGCUGCCUGUGUAUGUGUGUAAGACACGCAGCUCUUCAGCACACAUUUUAUUUGUCUAGUUUCCAUAACCCAGGCUAGACAGAGUGACCACAGGCUCCUGAUUAGAGGAAAUACAUACAUGCGCACAUAUGCACACAAAUUCACAGACACAUUCUUUCUAUCCCAGUGCUGCACCAUGACUUCUUAGAAAAAUUCAACCAAAAUCUCUUAGGUUAGUUAGCCAGGUGCAAUACAGCACACCAAAAGCUUAACUGCCAGUUAAGAUGAACCUAGCUCUUAUAUUAUUAAUUACUUUCAGUAUUACUAUACUAUUCCCUAAUUAUUUUUGACUGGUGUGUAUUAAUGGAUAAUUGAUCAUGAAAACAAGUCAGUUAUUUUUGUGCCAGAAGUUUAUUAGAUUGCAUGUCACCAAAUACCCUGCCCUUCCUCUUAUCCUCUCUCCUCCAUCCAACAUUAUUAUCAAUUAAACACAUUCCAAGCACAUAGUUUGAUUCCCACAAGCCCUUCUUGCCCCGCCCCCAAAUUGUUUGAAAAUGGCACCUGGAUUUGGUGAAAACUCUGUGUCCUUGAAAUUUAACACACAUGAAAGCGUCAAUGACUCGAUUAGGAACUGAAGUCUGUACCUGUGACAGGUUCCCCAGGGCCAUGAGUUUCCUUCUCCUGCCACUGUGAUACACAUGGCUUUUGUCAGCCAAUAUGUUUCAAGUCUCUUCUUUCCACAGUAGCUUUUGUACAAACUUUCUUGGCCAAAUGAGGACAUUACCUAGAAUGUUCUUCAGUAGGAGCCUAGCUGUUGCUUCUCAGUCUGAGAGCUAUUUACAAUCACAAUGCUGUCUGAUUAUCACACUUCACACAGGAUGUGCCUCUGCAGGCCUUUGGGGCAUUAUGAUUUGGGGGAUAUUUUUCAGGCUUUGAUUAGCAAGCUGCUUACAGUUAUUUCUGCAAGGAUUGCUGUUCUGUUUGCAGUAGCAAGGACCAGAGCAUCUCGCUUAUAUCUUGCGCAUCUGUUAUGUUUACGUCUUACCAUGGGUUUUUUUCUUUCCUUUCUUUUUUUAAGUUUACAUUUUAGUUUUUGACAUCUUGUUUACAAUGUUUGUCUGAACUUUAUUUUAUGGUGUUUUGUCAUAUCCUAGAGUUAGUCUUCUUAUUAAAUAUAUUUGGAUAUGAAAUAUUGGUAAACACCUCCUGAAAAAAGGGACUGCCUUGCUGUAUUUUGAAAACAAAAAAUAACAUCUUUGACUGACUUGACAGAAUUGUACUGGAUCGGUUUGAGAGACAGGUGAGGCAGCCUGUGGAGUGAGCCCUUGUUCAAGGUGAUGGUGGCACAGGAUAUGUUCAAUAGAUGCUAAAAUAUAUCUUUAGUGAUCUCAUGGAUUUGGUUGCCAUGUUAACAUUUUUGUCAAUUGGACCCAUAGGUGGGAAAUAAGACUGUUGCAAUUCCCAAGCUGUAAGCAUGGUUUCAAAACUGUACGAAAGAUUGAACAACUUUGGUGAUUUGCAAUUAAUUGACAAUGAGCAAGUGAAAUUUGCAUUUGGCUUUGAGCUUCAGGCACUUGAAAAUAUUAAGAGUACAAGUUUGAGUAUCCCUUAUCCAAAAUACUUGGGACCAGAAGUAUUUUAGAUUUUACAUUUUAGAAUAAUCACAUGUACAUAAUGAGAUAUCCUGAGGUUGAGAUACAUGCCUAAACAUAAAGUUCAUUUAUGUUUCAAAUACAUUUUAUACACGUAGUCUAAGGCAGUGGUGGGAACCUAUGGCAUGCAUGCACCAGCUAUUUGUUAUCAUUGAAUGCUCUAAAAAGGUUAGCCAUCACUGGUCUAAGGUAAUCAGUCUUAUACAGUACUUUUAGUGCACCUGUGUUUUGACUGUGACAGUCACAUGUGGUCAGGGAUACAAUGUGCCACUUACAGCAUCAUAUUGAUGUUCAAAACAUUUUAGAUUUUGGAGCACUUUGGAUUUUGGAUUAGGGAUGCUUAGCUUGUAUUUCCAUUUCAUAUUUAUCCAUAUGAGUUGCUUCUUACAUCCAUUUCACUAAUUGUUGGCAGAGUUCACGAUCCCAUCCUAUGCUGAAACUUUAAAUCUAACUUUAAAAAUUUUGAAUCAUUUUUUUUUCUUCAGGAAAGUAUGUUCUACUUAUUCAUGGUAAAUUCUGAUGAAAAGUUCAAACUGUCACAUAAAGGGAUGACCCUUGAGGUCUGCCAUACUUCCCCAGGGACCUUUCCUGGUCUUGCCCACCUUUAAAGUUGCAAGUCUUAUGAAGCACUGUGUGUGGGCUUCCCCAGAAGCCCCAUCUCAUUGUGCACAUGGCCUCUGGCUAGUUGUGCUGGCAUUGUUUCAUCAAGAUGCUGACCACUGAGGUUUCCCAACAAAAUCUCUAGAAACUGGUCAUUUUGGGGGGAUGGUAAGAGCAUGCAGGUCCUAUCAGUGCCUCCUGUUCAUCUGUAGAGCAUGUCAGAGCAGCAGUUUCUGUUGGGUAUAGAUGAUAUUGGUAAGGAACCAUUUUCUAACUGUUGCUUGUGGAAGUCAUUCAUAACUUGUUCCUUUUUUUUUUUUUUUUAGUUUGGUUCCAAGUUGAAACAUCUUUCUUGUGUUUUUGGAUUAUAAAAGUAAUACCUGUUCAUUGUAAAAAUUCAAACAGCGCCAAAGUGUAGAAAGUAGGAAGUGUAAGUCUGAAUGUCUGAAACAACCACAGCUCAUAGUCUGAUGUACUAUGUCCUUCCAGAGAUUCUUAAAUUUAAACGUAGCAUUUAUUACCACUUCUUUGUAUUUAAAGACAUAUUUCCUCAGAAGUUUAAUACAAGUUCAGCUGACCUUAUCUGUCAUGACCUAAAUGGAAACCAGUCUUUAUCAUUUUGCUAGAAUUAUCUUUGAAAGAGAGUAGCUCAAAUAUAUUCCUGAUCAGACUUUGGCAUCAGUUACUACUCUACACAGAUCAGACUCAUGUGCAGAAUUGUGCCUGGAGAGAGAGGUCUGGUUAAAACAGAUACUUCUGGAAACUUCCAAAUUGCAAAUGGAAACUUGGACCCACUAUCUAAAGAGGAAUGUACUGGAAAAAAUAAUCUGAAGAGUCAGCAAAUUGUGUACUAGAUUGAACCAUGGAAUGUAAUGCAAUGAGACUUCAUGCACUAAAAACUUAUCAUAAUAUGUACAACAAUGAUGUGUGUAUUAUAGAACAGUGAUGUGUACAUUUCUGACACCCCAUACAUGAUAUACACAGUUUGUACAAAUGCAUACAUUUAAAAAUAUAUAUGUACAAUACAGCUAACAUAAAACUGUAGUACACCUGAUGGAUAUUACUAGUGCCUAAUAUGGAGUAUAAGUCACUGUGUGUUUGCAUCACCUUGGAAGUACAGUCAUUGUUAUAAAAUUAAUCAGUGCAGCCAACAUUAUUUAUGAACCACAUCUUUGAAACUGUGCGGUAGCAUAUACAUAUAUAUUUUUAAAUAACAUUUUUCACAGUUUUCCAGAGUUACUGUUGAAAUCUGUAUCACCAAAAAAAGGAAGCAAGAUUUUUUUAAUGACGUAGACACUCUUCAGACCCAGUUAUCUGCGUGUGAUUUCCUGUUUGUAGAUACCCAAGAGACUUCAGCGGUCAACAGCCUUAACGCAUGUACAGGAUAUUAUUGUGACUUAAUUUAUCUGCAGUUUUUAAUCCAUGUGAAAUUGGAAUUUAUAAACAGACUUGGAUUAAACAUGUCUGCCUUUC